GUGAGGUCUAUGGUGCAGUGGCAUGAGUGACAUGUGUUUGGCCCCUCCCCUCCUCCCCUGUGCGCUGCGCUCCGCUCGGUCUGUGGCUGCGCUGCGGAGUUCCAAGCGCAACAGCCGCGGAGACCGAGCGCAGCAGCGACUUCCCCGCUGCGACUUUGAUGACGGUGCUUUCGGAGCCGUCGAUGAGCGCGUUUGCAGAGGCUUGCUGGUGAAGACAAGCGGGGCUGUCGAGCUGAGCGGUUCCCUCUCUCUCUGCCAGUCGGAUCUUUUUGAAAAAAUGAAAUUCCUGAUUUGUGCGGUUGCAGUGGCCCUGCUGGCGGUGAGAUCUGCACACGGAGGCACCAAGUCGGACGAGCCGUGUGCGGGCCGCGACUGCAGCGGAGGAUGCAAGUGCCACCCGGAGAAAGGCAGCAGGGGUCGUCCCGGGCCCCUCGGCCAGGUUGGUCAGAGCGGGCCCGAGGGGUCUCGCGGCAUCGUGGGGCCUUCGGGGCCCAAAGGAGAGAAGGGCCACUUGGGACUGAAAGGACCGUCUGGGCCCAAAGGAGACAAGGGACCGAUGGGCGUUCCGGGGUUCCAAGGAACUGAUGGCGUACAUGGUCACCCUGGUCCGGACGGCGGCAGAGGACCGCCCGGACUGGACGGUUGCAAUGGGACCAGGGGAGAACCCGGCGACUCCGGCUACGGGACAGGGUCACCCGGAUUCCCUGGGAUUGCGGGGCCUUUUGGGCCAAAGGGCCAGAAAGGAGAACCUCGAUACAUUUCGGAUAACAGCAUCGGGAGUUAUCCAGGUGCUCCAGGAUUGGACGGUCAACCUGGAGUCCGAGGUCCUGGCGGUCCGUCGGGUUCGAUCGGUCCAAGAGGACCUGAGGGAUUCUCCGGUCCGCCUGGUCCUCCCGGUCCCCCGGGGCUUAUGGGAAGCCGAAGUGACGGAUAUCAGGGAGAAAAAGGAGACAAGGGCGACGUGGGCAUGCCCGGCGACCCCGGCCAGCCAAUGAGCAAUGGCGUUGUGGAGUUUGUGGGUUUACCCAGAGGAGACAAAGGAAUUCAGGGCGAACCGGGUAACAAGGGAGUCCGAGGAUUCAGCGGAAACCCUGGUCAACCUGGACCUUUCGGUUAUCGUGGUGAAUACGGAGAAAAGGGCAUCCCUGGAUACCCCGGGGCAAGAGGCCCUCCAGGUUUUAACGGCCCGCCCGGCGCCCUUGGACAGCAGGGAUUUGUAGGUAGUCCAGGUUACCCCGGGCAACCGGGAUACAUAGGACCCAAGGGAGACCAGGGAGACCAAGGACCAGCUGGGCCCCCGACCUACGUCAACGAGCUGGGCACCUCCGUUCAAGGGCAACAAGGUGACCCGGGUCUCAACGGUCUGCCCGGUGCCCCGGGGGACCAGGGAGCUCCGGGGUUCCCAGGACAACCAGGGCCACCUGGAGCAGUGUUGGAUUCCACAGGUCGUGGCGGCUCCCCGGGUUUCCCCGGGACCACGGGCCCCAAGGGAGAGAAGGGUAACGCGGGCAUACCGGCCUACGGCAUCGAGGGAAUCCCAGGCUCCCCCGGAUUCCCCGGACCCAUCGGGCCUCCUGGACUGCCGGGCCCCUCAAGCUUGGCCGGUGAUCCCUGCGUCAUCUACCCUGCCUUGUCCAAAGGUUCCCAGGUCAUCCCCACCGGCUCCCCGGGACAACCCGGGCUGCCGGGCGCCCAAGGACUGCCUGGUGACACGGGAUACAAGGGCUUCAGAGGUGAUCCUGGCGACUGUGCCUGCCGCGGAGGAGGCACCUCCGGGCUGCAGGGGUUACCCGGACCCCGCGGAGCAGACGGCAGCCCUGGCUUCAACGGACGCAAGGGAGAGUCCGGCGAUCCCGGUCCACCGGGCUUUAACGGCGUUCAGGGGCCGCCGGGUCGACAGGGUGACACCGGCGUCUAUGGCCGGAAGGGAGAGAAGGGGACGUCCUACUACCCCAACCUGAGUUUGGGGGUGAAGGGAGAACUCGGAGCUCCCGGGCCCAGGGGACCCACAGGGGAAACUGGAAAACCCGGCAGAGACGGACUUCCUGGUUUCCCCGGAGGCCCCGGACCUCCAGGCGACGCUGGCUUCGGCACAGUCGGAGAGAAGGGUUUCCCAGGGUAUCCGGGGGCCAAGGGUCGUCCCGGCGCCCCUGGCGACGGCGGCGCCGGCUACCUUGGAACGCCAGGCUUUCGCGGCGAGCCCGGAGAGCCCGGCAUAUCCGGGUUGCCGGGGCAACCGGGUUUACCUGGACCGAGAGGUGAAAACAGCUGUGGAGGGGUUAAUGACGUCGGAGAAGGGACGGGCCAAGUGCUCCCUUGCAGCAUACCUGGUGAGGACGGAGACCCCGGUUACCCCGGGUUACCAGGACGACCAGGCACUAAAGGUCAACCAGGUUUCCCAGGAGACGCGGGACGUCCAGGGUUUGACGGAUCCAAAGGAGAAAGAGGAGACCCCGGUUAUGGAGGCCAACCUGGACCACAAGGUUUCCCUGGACCCAGAGGCGAUUCCGGAGUUCCGGGUAUCCCAGGACAGGGUUAUGAUGGAGGCAGGGGGAAGGAUGGUAUUCCAGGCCGUCCUGGAGCCAAGGGCCAGCCCGGAGAGGUACUGGGAGCCACACCCGGCGGUCCUGGACGGGACGGUUUACCCGGACUUCCUGGAGACAAGGGCCAGCCUGGGACACCGGGAGGACCAGGAUCACCUGGUUUUGACGGGCGUUCGGGCGUUCCUGGACUGAAGGGGGAGCGCGGAGUUGAUGGUCUUCCUGGUUACACUGGCCCCCCCGGCCCCCCGGGUGAGCCAACAGGCGGCGUUCCCGGUCGGCCUGGCGCCCCCGGCAGCAAGGGACUGAGCGGACCACCAGGCUGCCAAGGUUACCCCGGGCGGAAGGGAGAUAGAGGAGACCCAGGUUUCCCAGGGCCUGCUGGCAUGAAGGGAACCCCAGGACAGCCUGGCACCCCUGGGUCACCAGGGCUAAGGGGAUCCCCUGGACUUCCAGGACCAGGAACUAGAGAGGGAGUCCCAGGAAUACCAGGAAGGAAGGGUGAGAGAGGUUUCUCAGGACUGCCGGGUUUCCCUGGACUGCCAGGGCGCCCUGGUAGCCCAGGUUUUCCCGGAGGAAAAGGAUUGUCUGGAGGGCCUGGAAGAGACGGACUUCCCGGUGGACCAGGAUACUCCGGACAGAAAGGAGAAAGAGGAUACUCCGGCCUCCCAGGCUUGCCCGGAAGGCCCGGUCCAUCAUCUUUUGUGGAGAAAGGAGACCCCGGAAUCCCCGGAAGCAAUGGCCUUCCUGGUUUCCCCGGACCCAGAGGCGACAAGGGUCUUCCAGGUCUACCUGGUCGCCAAGGACUCCCUGGACUUCCUGGUUUUGCCGAGCAGAGUAAAGGACAGCCGGGACAGCCAGGGUAUCCUGGGCAGCCGGGACAGCCAGGCUUCCCUGGACCAAAGGGAGAGGCUGGAAUCAUUGGAUUCCCCGGCAUGUCUGGAGCAAGGGGUGAUGAUGGUGCACCUGGUUUCCCUGGUAAUCCUGGAGAAUCUGGCCGACCUGGAAGCAAAGGUAUACCUGGAGACACUUAUGGUUACCCUGGAAGUCCAGGCGCUAAAGGCCAGCCAGGCGAUUCAGGCUUCCCAGGUGGUCGUGGUAACGACGGCGCUCCCGGUGACAACGGCUUUCCAGGAGGUCCAGGUUACCCUGGAGCAAAGGGAGCUCCCGGUGAACCAGGACGUUCCGGAAUAAUGGGCUCCCCUGGCUUCCCGGGGCCAAAGGGGCAGUCCGGCUACCCAGGAAGAAGAGGAGCAGACGGGCCGCCUGGUCUGCCUUCAGGUCCCGGAGGACCUGGAGCCAAAGGUUUGCCUGGAUCCCCUGGUUUGGAUGGACUCAAUGGUCUUGCUGGACCUAAAGGUCUCCCUGGAACCCCAGGUGUAAGUGCAGGCGGUCUCCCAGGUACCCCCGGAAUUCCAGGGCUGAAGGGGGAGAGAGGCGUCUCCUACCCAGGAGCUCCCGGCUUCCCCGGUGGGAAGGGAGAGAGAGGCGAUACAGGUGGUCCCGGACUCCCAGGGUUCCCAGGUCGGCCAGGACUUCCUGGUGAGACCGUGGGGUCUGAUGUUCCCGGACCUACGGGAGACCCUGGCCUCCCUGGAUUGGAUGGAGAGUAUGGUUUCCAAGGUCCUCCGGGUCGACCUGGGCCGCCUGGUCCAGGCACAGCCCAGGGAGACAGAGGUGACUCUGGGCUCCCUGGCUUCCCUGGCUCCCCCGGCAGGAAAGGAGAACCAGGAAUCCCCGGAGGCCCAGGCGGCCCCGGCUAUCCUGGUGCUAAAGGAGGGCGAGGUGAGACUGGUUACAGCGGCGGUUCUGGUCUAAAAGGCUACCCUGGUGACCCUGGUUACUAUGGAAACAAAGGAGCCAAGGGAGUGCGAGGGCGCACUGGUGGAAAGGGUUUACCUGGAGUCGCGCUGCCAGCAACAGAUUUCAGGCGACCCUUCGGGGAUCUGGGUUAUAACGGCGAAGGCGGGACUCCAGGUAGUUACGGAGAAUCCGGUCAGCCCGGAAUGCCCGGACGCCAAGGUCCUAAAGGUCGACCUGGUCCCGUGGGUAAACUGGGCCGGACUGGAUCUUCUGGUCUGCCUGGACCUAUCGGUGACGGCGGACCCCCUGGAUUCCCUGGACCCACUGGAGAACAGGGUCUCCCCGGUGCCUCCGGCCGUCCCGGCAUUCCUGGCGGCGUCAGCCGCAGCGUCAGCAUCGGCUACACUCUGGUGAAGCACAGCCAGGACUCCCAGGUUCCCAUGUGUCCGCAGGGCAUGGCCAAGCUGUGGGACGGAUACAGCCUGCUGUACGUGGAGGGACAGGAGAAGGCCCACAACCAGGAUCUCGGUCAGCCAGGCUCAUGCCUCCCCAGGUUCAGCACCAUCCCCUUCCUCUACUGCUCCCCCAACGAGGUCUGCUACUACGCAAGCCGCAACGACAAAUCCUACUGGCUCUCCACAAGCGCGCCCAUACCCAUGAUGCCCGUGGCCGAGCAGCAGAUCCAACCGUACAUCAGCAGGUGUUCAGUCUGUGAGGCUCCGUCUCAGGCUGUGGCCGUCCACAGCCAGGACAUGAACAUCCCCACCUGCCCCCCCGGCUGGAGGAGUCUCUGGAUAGGAUACUCCUUCCUGAUGCACACGGCGGCCGGCGCCGAGGGCGGCGGUCAGUCACUGGUGUCUCCCGGCUCCUGCCUGGAGGAUUUCCGCGCGACGCCGUUCAUCGAGUGCAACGGCGCCAAGGGCACCUGCCACUACUUCGCCAACAAGUACAGCUUCUGGCUCACCACCGUGGACCCGAGCCAGGAGUUUGUCUACUCGCCGAGGCAGGAGACCCUGAAGGGAGGCCAGGAGCGCUCCAAAGUCAGCCGCUGCCAAGUCUGCAGCAAGUUCAUGUAGGAGGAGGAGGAUGGAAGGGCGGAGGGAGGAGGGAGGAGGUGAUACACUAACACUUCAAGGAGAGGAGGAUGAAAUGAUAUAAAAAAAAAUAUCUAUAAAACCGAGAACAUGUGACUGACUGAAGAUGAGCCUUCUUCUGCUUUGCUGACGGUUUCACAGUUCAGAGUGUUGUUUUUGUAUUAUUAGGAAUGAGGAAAUGGAAAGAGGAGGGCUCCAGAGUGAGCGCUCUUCUCUUGACUAUCACUGACAAUGGUGCUAUCGUUUAUGUUCUUUGUGUUCAUUUCGUGUCCGUUGCGUCUUUUUUGUUUGUUUUUUGGCGAGAAUUAAUUCUCGGCUACCUCGGAGUGGGCGUCGACUUCAGAUAAGUCAGAUCAGAGACGACGGGUCAGAUGUCGGUAGGAAAUCUUGCGGUGCUUUUACGAUCUUUUCUGACCUGCUUUAACUGAAGGUAACGUCUCCCGAUUCCGGGCUCAGAGUCGUAUUUUUACGUGAAACUGCCGCCAUAAAACUUUGCUUCUUUUUGUUUUUACUGCCGGAUACGACCAGUGUGACUGUAGUUACUCUACAGCUGUGUCCUCCGUACUCAUGGGUUUGCACGUUUUGCAUUAAUAGCUUCAGUGUAUUAGUUGAAAAUCAAGUUGAAGAGAUUUGCGACAUGUUAAAGGUAAAAAAAGCUUUACAAUGAACUUUGGUGUGUUCAAGGAAACCCCAACAUCCGAGAUCUAAAAGUCACAAGUUUUUUAAACCAAUUCAUUCACUGUUUUUGUAUCAGAUGCGUGAAACACAACUGAAAAAUAACAAUAAUUAAAUAAAUUUUAAUUAUAUGCAAUAAUACAUUUUUAAAAACACAAUGAAAGAGCAAAAAAACCCCUCAUCAUUUCGAUGUUAAUCAACUGAGAAUUAAUAUUUACUAGUCUUACAUCUGGGGAUCUUCUAACUGCAACUUUGCUUAUUAAAGGCAAAAAAAGAAACAAACUUAUUUUUAUAUUAUUCACACUGAAAAAAAAUACUUCCAAUGGUAACACGUAGGAAUUAUGUUUGUUUUUCAAAAUAAAGUUAUCAUUUGUUUUCACUCGUUAACUUUAAGUUGAGCAAAUGAAUUGAUUAUAGGAAUCUAGGAAAUGUGUCCGGACAGUUAAAGCAAGAUGAGCAUGAAUAUGCGAUUGUUUUUGACGGGAAUAUCUUGUCACCUGCAUUAUAGUAUUUUUCUUUUUUUUCUUUUAAACGCACAAUGUAGUUCUUGUGCGCAAUCUUGCAAAACCACCAGUACAAUCCUUUAUCGUUUCUGUCCGUGUGCCGCGUCUCAUGCUCAUUUCCCAGUGACUCUCUGGUGCUACGAUUCCCUGACAGUCGUCUUGAAGGGCAACAACAACAACAACAACCUUCCGGUUAAAACCUGCCUGCAGUUUAAAAGAAAAAAAGCCAAACGUGCGCUUUUCCUGAAAAACAUGUCCAGAACAGAAGCUCGGCAACAGCCAACACACACGACAUGAUAUUAAAUUUAUUGCACUGAUGUGAGCUCAUAUGGAUCUUAAACAAUAAACAAGUCAAAUAUAAUUUCCAUAUUUCCUCAUUUCCACUUUCAUCAAUGUUGUGACCAAACUAGUGUUUUUCUUUCUUUCUUUCUUUAAAUCACAGUAAACUCUUCAUUCACAGUAAAUUCACAUGGAUUGUUAAUUAUUGCUGUACAUAGUGCUUCCUGUAUCUCCCAGAAAAAAAUAUGUAAGCGCAAAGGUCUAUAAUGUUAUCUCCUUAUCCCCAUAUUUUUUAUUUUUUUCCCCCAGUCUCGGUUUUUUGUUCACUGUUCGCGGAUGAUGAAAAAAAAAGAGGAAUAAAUGAAUUAUUUUCUCAUUUGUUUUCAGAUAUGAUGUUUGAUUUUUUUUGUCCGCGGGCAGUGAAAGCUGCUGGGUGACCUGUAACCACUAUGACCUCUGCUGGUAGCCGCCAUUUUGACCUUUGUCACAUUUACCCCCCCCCCCCCCCCCCCUUUUUGUUUCACUUUCCUCUGUUUUGUCUGAAUUUUGUCAGGUUUGUAAUCUAGAUUGUAAUUAUUUUACCUAAGUCAUCAUGAUACUAUCACUUGGUUUUUAUUUUAACUGAGAUGGGAGGGGACGGGAAAAUUAAUGAUGUGUAUAUUAAAUAUUAUGGAUAUUGAAAAAAAAAUCGCUUUGAAGAUGUUUUUAUAUGGAAAGUAUAAUCACAGCUGAUGAUUUAACGGACGUGACACCAGCGGUCUGUCGUCUGUUCGCUCUGCGACCACAAAAAAACGAGAGUUAAAGCAUCAAACUUUAAAGUGCCUGGAGUGACAGAAAAAGAAAUGCAUUUUUUUUCCUCAAAGAGGAUCGAUAAGGUUGAAAAGAAAGAAUCAUAACAACACGUCUGUUGCUGUAAUGUGUUUUCUGUGCUCACACACUUGGAAAUAAAGUUCUUCAAACUAA